CCAUGGCUUUGCCGUGGUAAAUUUCGAGCGCCGAGUUUGUGUACAAAGAAGGACGAAGGGGUUUAAAUACGACUGGGCGGCUUUCUUCGAUUUUUUUCUUUGUGCUGGGCGGCAAAAAAUAGUGCCGGGCGCAGGCGCCGCCCGGCGUGGCUACAUCUUUAAAAAUGUGCCUGCAAAAUUUUUUUUGAAAUGAUUGUGCCUGCGCACGCCGUGCGCAUGUGCGCGGAAAUAUCGAUGCCUGGAGUCUGGUCCUCUGGAAAACACCGGAAAAACCUAACCCUAACUCUCCGCAAACAGAGGACCAUGCUCUGGGUUACCUAUUUAGUGUGUUUUCCGGUAUAUAGUGUUUUUCCGGUAUUCAGUAUAACAUGUCCUUUUCCAGUGUUUUCUGAAAUAAAGGCAAGAAACGAAAAAGAUGUUGUAAGAAAUAAUAUAGGUUUUCCACUACAAAAUGUAGGAAAGCGCCUUGAAUCCAAGUGGGUCAAAGAAAGACAAAAAUAUGAAAAAAAUUCUAGACUUCAAACAUUGGAAGUAAAUUUGGAAGAAGUGAGGCAAAGUUGGGUUGAAGAACAGAUGCCUAACCACUCUUAUAUCUUGGCUGAACAUUAUGGAAUUUACAAGGAUUUAUUUGACCAUUCUUAUUUUUAUCCUAAACUCUUCAUGGAUAUUGAAUAUGAUGUAGAUGAAGAGUUUGUCAUGCCACUGUAUCUUGGAAACAGAAUAACUCCAACUGAGGCCCAAAACCCACCACAUAUUAAUUACAACUGUGAUGCUAAUACAUGGUGGACAUUGGUCUUGUCUAGUCCAGAUGGUCAUUUAGAAAAAAAUGAUACAGAAUGCUUACAUUGGAUGAUAGGCAAUAUAUCAGGCAAUGAUGUGAGCAGUGGAGAAGUCUUAUGUGAUUACUUGCCACCAUUUCCCCCAAAAGGAACAGGGUUAUUAAGAUAUGUGUUUGUUCUUUACGAACAGACUGGCAAAAUAGAUUAUGCGAGUAUGAAGAAAACAGCCAAUUGUAUUUCCUUAUCAGAGAGAACUUUUAGUACAGUUGAUUUUUAUGGUGGGUGUCAGGAUAAGCUAACACCAGCAGCUCUCUCAUUCUUUCAAGCUGAAUGGGAUCCAUGUGUACAAAAAGUUUUCAGAGAAAUAUUGGGUAUGAAGGAACCUGUUUUUGAAUUUAUUCAUCCACCAAAUUACCAUCCUAAUCAAACGAAAUAUCCACAUAAACAACCAUUUAAUUUAUAUUUAGAUAGAUAUAGAGAUGUUAAAGAAAUACAGGAAGAAGUUUUAAAAGAAAAAUUGAAAAAUGUUUCUCCUUUCCAACCACCAUCUUCAGGUUCUGAGUAUCCAUUAGCAAAACUCAAUGGUCUUUCAAAAAAGCCUUCAUGGCAAAGACUUCAAAACAAACAUGUUGCGUUAAAAAGACAUCAGUGGAAAGAUUUAUAGUUCCCAAAUGUUAAUAGUGCUAGCAGCUGUGCGUGUGAUAUUAGAAAUAUGUCAUUUGCGGAACAAAUACAGUCCGUGUGUGUUUAAAAUAAAAUUAGAAAUAUU